AUGUCGAUCACGAAGGCGAUUGCAGUUGUUGUGGUGUGGCUCUUAACAUCCAGCGUCUUUGCAACGCCCCAUGGGUUUCAAAACACCUCACCUGCCCGGAAAUAUGCUCGUCGCAUGUCGAAUUACCACUUGAACAAACGUGAUGACUGUGACGGAACAAGCUGUCCUGAUGGCUGCUACCAAGGAACAAAUGAUGUCUGUUGUUCUGGCGGAGGUGCUGUCGACGCUGGAGACAUCUGCUGCAAUGACUCGGCUGGAGGCGGCUGCGCUAUCGGGCUAACUUGUGGAUUUUGCGAUGGUGAUGGCGUGUGCUGCAGCGAUAAAUCAUGCUCGGUUCUGGUCAACACGAAUGGAGUCUCGAGUACUGUGACCGGGACUGCCUGCUCGCCCGGGUCGACUCAGCCAACCGUGCCACCCGUGACGACGCCUCCACCGGUCACGCCUCCAGCAGUCACGCCCCCGCCAGUGAGUGUGAACCCACAUAACUUGACCUGUGGCUGGAUAAACGGAAACUCAAGUGACCCAUAUACCUGUCAGCCGCACAGCACAUGCGUCGUCAACGAUGAGUUCAAUGCUUUCGCAUGCUGCGAUUCCAAGGGAUCUUGCGACUUCAGGACUGCAUGUGUUUACAACGGAAACCCGGUGUGCCUCUCAUCGAAGUCAGGUGAUUGUUACCACUUCGAUUGGACCAUCGACUGUAUUGGUAACGCUGCCCAUUGCGUCUACAAUACGAUGCCUCCGAAAACCACUAGUUCGGGAGGUUCGGGAACGGUUUCAGGCUCCUCCUCAAGCGUCACCGGCUACAUAUCGGCGAGGUGCCAAAGGAACACAGACACCACAACGGUUCUGCCUGUCUUUACGGGCGGGCCGACAUAUUCGCAAUAUCCGAUCGAGUAUUCCGACUUGCUGGCAUCUAUCAGUCCCUCAAAAACAUCCUGA